AUGCCUGACCUUGUCCGGCCAGAGACCGGCCCAGAAGCCAACCAUGACCCUACCGAACAGAGUAUCCUUACGCGUAUGGCUAGAUUUCGAAAGAAUCCUUUCAAUUUUGCUCAUGAGAUAUCCUUGUUUGUGCGAGGGGUAGGUUGGCGCAGCUACAAUGACAUCCUCGGCCAACCGGUCUUCUAUCCAGGCUACACCGCCAACAUCAAGUCUGCAACUAUGAGUUCUCCCCUUUUGCGGCGGAAAGUAGUCGAGUUAACGGAAAGACGACUGAAGAUAGAAGAGCAGGAAAACUACCUGGACGAAAGCAGUCCAACGUAUCUACAAGAGCGCGAGAAGCGCAGGCACGAGAUAACAUCUCAGUUAAUCGACAUUACAAGCAAUAUGGUGGAUGCCAUGAUAUGCAAGAUGGAGAGCAAGCCAUACAUCCGCGGCGCAUUCUAUAUGACGACACAACUACUCACCCGAGCAUACAGCGCGAUACACGUGUCCGAAGCUGAGGUAAAGAGGUUACGUGAAAUCGCAGCACAGGCAGCGAAGAAGAACCAAUCAAUCAUCUUCCUCCCUCGACAUACAAGCCACAUCGAUUAUGUUACAUUACACUUGAUAUGCUAUCGACUGGGACUUACUCUCCCUGUCGUGGUAGCUGGAGACAACCUCAAUUUUCCUCUCGUAGGUAACUUUUUGCAAAGUUGUGGUGCCAUGUGGAUCCGAAGGAGCUUCAACGAUGACCAGCUCUAUGGUACUGUCGUGCAGGCAUAUAUUGACACCUUGAUGCAAAAAGGAUACAACUUGGAAUGUUUCAUCGAGGGAACACGAAGCAGAACAGGAAAGCUACUGGGCCCUCGUUUCGGUAUAUUGAGCUUUCUGCUUGAUUCUGUUUUGUCCGGAAGGACAGACGAUGCGUACAUCUGUCCAGUGUCGCUGCAAUACGACAAGGUCAUUGAAGUGGAUUCAUAUGUCAAUGAACUGUUGGGUAAACCCAAGCAGAAAGAGAAUCUGGCAGACUUCCUGUCAUCAUCCUCAGUUCUUUCACUCAACCUGGGACGAGUAGACUGCAGGUUUCAUGAGCCUUGGAGCCUGAAGCAGUUUAUUCAAGAACAGAAGCAGCGGCAAGAUCAGCCAGGCUAUGAGGACCUGAGUUCAAGUGCAGCAGACUCCAACUCCAGAAUUCGGUUACUGCGGACACUUGGCUACAAGGUGCUUUCCGACAUCAAUUCGGCUUCGGUCAUCAUGCCGACAGCUCUAGUUGGCACGGUUCUACUCACGCUGCGUGGUCGUGGUGUGGGCAAGUCUGAGCUGAUACGUCGCGUGGACUGGCUUUGCGCGAGAACAAGGGCAAAUGGCGGAAAGGUGGCAGACUUCCACGGCAUGCCAACGUCGUAUGUGGUGGAAAGAGCUCUCGAGGUCUUGGGCCCCAAAUUGGUCGGCACAAUUGAUGGGCUGGCGGAGGAGACAUUUUAUGCCGUGGACCGGUUCCAACUGUCAUUUUAUCGGAAUAUGACAAUACACUUGUUCAUCUCCGAAUCGUUGAUUGCAGCCUCGAUAUACACCAAGGUGAAACAAGGUGGCGGAAGCGCUAAUCAAAGGAUGAAGGAGACGGAACUGAUCGACAAGGUUAGCUUCUUGUCGCAGUUGUUUAGGGGCGAAUUCAUUUUCCCUGCUGGACAAGGCUUGCGGCACAAUCUUGAAGCAGCAAUGCAGAGUCUUGUACGUGACGAUGUGUUGUCGAUCUCUGGAAAUGGUGAAAGGUGGAUCGGCUUGUCAGACAAGGAACGCAAACAGGGUCGAGAGAAUUUCGAUUUCUAUUGCUUUCUGAUCUGGCCGUUUGUGGACGCGGCCUGGCUAGGCGCAGUCUCUUUGUUGGUCCUGGUUCCGCCAGUAGGCUCAACAAUCACUUGGAUCGAUAUGACCCAGGCACAAAAUACCGCUCAACUGGCCGGAAGGACGCUAUACCAUCAAGGAGAUCUGUCAUAUUUUGAGGCUAUUAAUAAGGAAGCUCUCAAGAAUGCAUAUAGCCGCUUCCAGGAGGAGGGCAUCAUUCUGUUGAGCAAGAGCAAAGACUCAAAGACCUCGACCAUGGUUCGGCUUGCCCCAGAAUGGUUGCCAGAAAGAGAUGCAGCAACGGGCGACCUCACGGCAUCUGGUAGAUUAUGGGAUUUCAUCGAGAGCAUCGCUCUGCAUCGGCGAGAGGGAAAGAACCGACGAGACGGUGCAGCGGUAUCCACACGUGUUUUGUCCCUUGCUGCCACGCUGAACAAGCAAAUUUUCCUGGAGGCUGAGUCGCCCUCGAGUGAUGAUAUGCAAACUACUUCCAGAGGGCAGAAGAGGCGGUCGAGACUCUAA